AUGGGUCGGAAUCUGCUAAGCGGGGCCCUUCGAUUCACAGGCGUCUUUUUCUCUCGGCCACUGAGUACUCGCAUUCCUCUCAUACCAUCGCGCUCGUUAUUUCGCACCGCAACCAUGGCGUCCGCCGAUUCCCUGCCCGCCUCUGUCCAGGGCUUGACCCUUCAAUCCACCACCACGACCUCCAAGUUCCCCGGCUGUUUCCCAACGCUGAACCCGAUGGACAUCUACCGCCAGCACAUUGCGGAGGAAUUGGGCAAGGCGACCGAUGUUGAGCCUGAUUUGAUCUAUUCCCGUCUUGCAUGGACCAACACCCUGGACAAGGGUGACCUGUCCUUGCCGGCUGCCGCCCUCCGUAUCAAGAAGAAGCCCGACGAGCUCGCGGCGGAGCUGGCCUCCAAGUUCCCCGAGUCCGACCUCGUCCACCCUCCUACUGCCUUCGGCCCUCAUGUGCAGUUCUUCUGCAAGCCUCUGCCUUUGGCCAACACCGUUCUGGGCCGUGUCCUGACUGAGAAGGCCGCAUAUGGUACCAAUGGCAACAUGGGUCUUAAGGAUCCCUCCGAUCCUUCCAAGGGGCAAAAGAAGAUCAUUAUCGAGUUCUCUUCGCCCAACAUCGCAAAGCCCUUCCACGCCGGACACCUGCGGUCAACCAUUAUUGGUGGCUUCCUCGCCAAUCUCUACACUGUCAUGGGGUGGGACGUGAUUAAGAUGAACUAUCUCGGUGACUGGGGUAAGCAGUACGGUCUGCUGGCCAACGGCUUCAAGUAUUUCGGAAACGAGGAGGCUCUGCAAAAAGACCCUAUCAACCACCUCUUUGAUGUAUAUGUCAAGGUCAACCGCCUUGUUGGCGAGCAGGAGGGCCCCAUCAAGGAAUUGAAGGAACAGAUCAAGGGCAAGAAGGAGAAGGGCGAGGAUGUCGCCGCUCUCGAGGCCGAGCUGGCCAAGCUGGUGGAUGUCAGCGAGGAUGAAAAGGCCCGUCGGUAUUUCAAGAGCAUGGAGGAUGGCAACCCGGAUGCCCUGGCUCUUUGGAGCCGAUUCCGUGAUCUCAGUAUCGCCAAGUACAAGCAGACUUAUGCCCGCCUGAACAUUGACUUUGACGUCUACUCUGGCGAAUCCCAGGUCAAGUCCGAGAGCAUGUCUAACGCAUACAAGGCCAUGGAGACGGCCGGUGUCACUGAGGAGUCCGACGGUGCUAUCAUCGCCGACUUCACCAAGCACGGUGCCAAGAAGCUGGGUAAAGCUAUCAUUGUCCGCAAAGAUGGCACCCCUCUUUACCUGACUCGCGAUAUCGGUGCCAUCCUUGAGCGUGACGAGCAGUACCACUUCGAUAGAAUGAUCUAUGUUGUGGCCGCACAGCAAGAUCUCCACCUUGCCCAGCUCUUCAAGGUGACAGAGCUGAUGGGUCGCAAGGACUUGGCCAACCGCUGCCAGCACAUCAAUUUCGGUAUGGUUCAUGGCAUGAGCACCCGUAAGGGUACCGUCAAGUUCUUGGAUGAUAUCCUGCGCGAUGUCGGCGACAAGAUGCACGAGGUCAUGAAGAAGAACGAGGUCAAGUACUCGCAGGUUGCGAACCCCGAGGAGACCGCCGACACUCUCGGUAUCACCUCUGUCAUGGUCCAGGAUAUGACGGGCAAGCGUGUCAACGGCUACGACUUCAACCUGGAUGCCAUGACUUCGUUUGAGGGUGAUACUGGCCCCUACCUACAAUACGCCCACGCUCGUCUCUGCUCCAUGACCCGCAAGUCGGGGCUCAACGUGGACGAGCUGAGCACCGCCGACUUCUCCCUCCUCACCGAGCGUCAUGCCGUCGAUUUGAUCCGUCUGCUUGCCUCGUGGCCGGACGUUCUGAUCAACACCGCCAAGACCUUGGAGCCCGUUACCGUGCUGAGCUACCUGUUCCGCAUGACUCAUAUGCUGAGCUCCAGCUAUGAUGUCCUAAAGGUCAUCGGCAGCGAGCCCGAGCUCAAGAAGUCCCGGAUGGCUCUGUACGCUGCUGCGCGCCAGGUCCUGCACAACGGUAUGCGGGUUCUGGGCUUGAACCCCGUGGAGCGGAUGUAA